AUGAAGAAAACGGAUGCUCCUCACCUAAUUCCAUGUUUAGACGAGAUCUUUACCACAUUUGGAUUACCAAAAAAAGUUAUCUCGGACAAUGGUCCACCGUUUCAGAGCAAAGAAAUAAAGAAAUUCAUGGAUGACAAUGGCAUUCAACACAAAACAAUCACUCCAUUAUGGCCACAAGCAAAUGAAAGCGGAACUUUCAUGAAACCACUGAUGAAGGCAAUUCGUACUGCCCGUCUGCAAAAGCAAAACUGGCGCCGUACAAUGCAGGAAUUCUUGUUAAAUUACAGAGCUACUCCCCAUACCGCAACUCAAGUUGCACCGGCCACACUCAUGUUUGGUAGGAACACCCGCACAAGAUUACCUCAGACUGAUACUAAAACCGACAAGAAUGCCCUUGAUCAUUCCGUCGAACAACGCGAUAAAGAACAAGGACAACGUAUGAAAGAAUACGCAGAUCGACGGAGACAAAGUAAGACGACAACCAUGAACAUUGGCAUAGGCGUACGGGCUUAG